CAUGGCAGUGGAAGGAUAUGGUUAGACGACGUUCAAUGUGUAGGAAAUGAAAGUAAUAUUUCGAGUUGUUCACAUAGAGAAUGGGGAUUGCAUAAUUGUAGACAUUAUAAAGAUGCUGGUGUACAAUGUUCAGUUAUCAACUCUGUUAGACUUCGGGGACCAGAAAGUUCUAUUGGCAAAGGUCGUGUAGAGGUAUUUUACAAUGGAGAAUGGGGAACAAUUUGUGAUGAUGGCUGGGAUAUAAACGAUGCUAAAGUUGUGUGUCGACAACUUGGUUAUGACUAUUAUUUCAGGGCUUUACUACGACGUAAUGUUCCACGUGGCAGUGGAAGGAUAUGGUUAGACGACGUUCAAUGUGUAGGAAAUGAAAGUAAUAUUUCGAGUUGUUCACAUAGAGAAUGGGGAUUGCAUAAUUGUAGACAUUAUAAAGAUGCUGGUGUACAAUGUUCAGUUUUCAACUCUGUUAGACUUCGUGGACCAGAAAGUUCUAUUGGCAGAGGUCGUGUGGAUGUAUUUUACAAUGGAGAAUGGGGAACAAUUUGUGAUGAUGGCUGGGAUAUAAACGAUGCUAAAGUUGUUUGUCGACAACUUGGUUAUGACUAUGCUGGCAGGGCUUUACUAGGAGGUAAUGUUCCACAUGGCAGUGGAAGAAUAUGGUUAGACAAAGUUCGUUGUGUAGGAAAUGAAAAUAAUAUUUUGAGUUGUUCACAUAGUGGAUGGGGAUCACAUAAUUGUACACAUGAUAAAGAUGCUGGUAUACAAUGUUCAGUUAUCAACUCUGUUAGACUUCGGGGACCAGAAAGUUCUAUUGGCAAAGGUCGUGUAGAGGUAUUUUACAAUGGAGAAUGGGGAACAAUUUGUGAUGAUGGCUGGGAUAUAAACGAUGCUAAAGUUGUGUGUCGACAACUUGGUUAUGACUAUUAUUUCAGGGCUUUACUACGACGUAAUGUUCCACGUGGCAGUGGAAGGAUAUGGUUAGACGACGUUCAAUGUGUAGGAAAUGAAAGUAAUAUUUCGAGUUGUUCACAUAGAGAAUGGGGAUUGCAUAAUUGUAGACAUUAUAAAGAUGCUGGUGUACAAUGUUCAGGCUAUAAGGAAAGAUCCUAGUGAUGGGGAAUCAUGUCAAAGAAAUACACUAAAACCUAAUUUCAAUCGAAGAUCGUAAAAAGUGUCGUGGAAAAUUUGAAAGCUUAUGUAGAAAAUGUUGUGUGUUUGACAUUUUUAUCCAUUGUUGAAAUGUAUCUGUAAUACAAAACUACGUGUAAACAAAUUGUAAUCAACCAUAUUAUCAUAUAAAGUAAAUGUACAUAUUAUCAUAAUCUAUAAAAAAAGUAAAAUGAUGAAGUUUAAUUUCUCUAAGAAUAAAAUAUUAUUGACAAAUCAAAUGAUUUACUGAAUUACAUUAUCUUUAUCAAUUGACAAAUCAAGCCGUAAGAUUUUCUUUUGAAGUUACAUAAAGUUAUUGCGUGGAUUCCGCAAGACAAUGCCGGCAAUUGCUACCUACCAUGCCACUUGUACUGCCCACCAACCAGAGAUGAAAACGAUUGCAUGAAAAUCAAAUUAAUAAAAUCAGUUUAUGAUGUGUUGCCAAAGGAGAGGCAAACCUCGACUAGCUUUGUAAUUAAAAGAAGUCUUAAAAUCCAUCUAUUGUAAAUCUUGACAUUUAGUUUUUCCGUUGGGACUUGUUAGUCCUGUAGAUUGAUUUGCCAAUAAAUCGAUGCAUUGUAGGAAUCAGAAAUGUUUGGAAUAUGAUAUCGAAAUAAAAAUUAAGAAUCAUUUUGUCUCACUCAAAA